UCUUUGUUUCACAAGAUCCAUAAUAUCAUCAUGUCCUCGAAUAGCGACUUCCCUUUGUUAGGUAGAGGAGUGAGGCGUGUCUUCUUGUUCGCAAGCCUCUCCCUGGUAUAUCGAUUCGACCACCUAUAUCAAGUACACCUACUUUAAAGCAUUGCUAAUCAAACCUCAUUAAUCCGUGUAUAACCUCAUUAAUCCGUAUAUAAUUUCUGCCCGUAAGGCCGUCUCAAGGACACUGUAUACGAGAUAUCGCUACCGAAAAUUGGACUAAGAGCUUCUAAGCCGCAACUGGGAUGCUACGAGACGAGCAAACUAUAUACUAGCCUAUUAACUAUACCUCAUAAUGAGCAUGCUCGAACGAAUCGCGCAGUACAACCAGAGUACCCGGUCUCGAGUAGACGUACCAAGGGUGUAUCUGAAGCCAAAAUCUGCUGGAAUUAGCGAUGAUGGACAAGACUACUUCCUCUUCAGUAGACAACAGGAUAUUACGAACAAGGUCCCAAGCCGAAAUGUUAAGCACUUUAGUUUAGACGGAGCUAGCAGCUUGCCGUUUAGCAGGAGACCGCCGCCUUUGAGAGCCCAGUCUGCGUUCUCACUGGCGUCCGGCGAACCCGCUGAGCUAAACUGGAAUCCAGCGGCCCUACUAGAGCUGUCGGACUCCGUCAGGGUAAACUUGAAGCACUAUAGAAGCGUGGGACCUGGAACCGAGAAACUAAACAGUUUCCUAGAGGCUGCGCUUAGAGACGAGGAGCAGCAAUGGGGGGAUCCAGCACUCGAUAUCGAGACUAUUGAGCACGCUCGGCUCGACAAGCUGCUGGCUGAGCUUCUACAGUUCGCCGAGAAGAUGAGAGGCGCUUCUAGCCCGUUAUUGGGAACAGGUGCGGCAACUGGCAGCUUCUCGCUGCAAUUCCGCGUCAUUAUAUCGCAUGCUAAGAACCUAUGGCGCGCGUGGAGGCGCAGAUUCCGCGAGCAGUACUUCAUGAUGGAUCAAUAUCGCUGUGCGGCGCUGGUCAAGGGCGGCCGGCUCAAGGAUGUUUCGUUCAACACCUCCCUAUCCUACGACCUGGGUAAGUGGCAGACGAAAGUGAGCGACCCAAUCUCUGAGCUUGAGGGGAACCUACGAUUCGAUCCUGGACACUGGUGGCUGAACAUUACAUGUGCUGAGAGAGAUGGCAUGGUGGCUAGUUCGUUGGAGGUACCGACGAAAGGAAGGUAUUGUAUCACUACUCUACCUCUACUUACCGGACAGGAAGAGUGGCUACGGGGUGAUACUUAUAAAUAUGUCCGCGAAGGAAGGUCUACGGACAUGCAUAUCGCUCUGAUAUCCCAAGUCGGCCGACAGAUCCGCGUUCUUCGAGGCUACAGACUAAAGAGUAUUCUAGCGCCGCAGGCCGGCGUCCGUUAUGAUGGACUUUUCACUGUCAAACAGUACGGGUGCAAGCUCGACAGCAAUACAAAUGUUUACCGCCUAGAACUAACACUUGAGCACGUGCCGAACCAAAAGGUGUCCCUGGAGGACAUCGAAAGCAUACCGCGACCCUCCCAGCUAGACGACUGGAACUUAUACGAGAAGCUCGAAGGCGACAAGAUCAAGCUCCUGCAGGGGGAGACAAGCUAUCUGGAGUGGAAGCUUAGACGCCAGGAAGAAAAGAUCGACAGAGAUGACUGGAGAAGGGCGCGUCUAUUUAGAGCGUCUGUCUCGCGUUGGGGGUCUGGAGCUGAUUCUCAAGAAUAGGGGUAAGGUCCGAUGGUGGGUAGCUAUAAUGCCGCACGAAGCCUAUAUAAGUCCUCUCUAUGUCGCCUACUGUCGUAUUAUUAAGAAUCAAUCCUUAGCAAAUUGUAGCGUAUAGCUUAUAACCCUAGUAUAAUACCCCGGAUUAAGUUCUAUGACCUACCUAUCGUGUAAGUGGUAGGAAAGGGAUGAGCUUAGUGGGUCUAAUAUUUGACAGCCGCCAACCAGC